AUGUCCAAACUCUCGCCGUCAUUGAAGGCUCUGGUCAGCGCAGCCUUUGCCCGACCGAACACUCUCCCCGCCAGCCCUCAAAUUCGAACAGUAUACGAGCGAUUGAGGCAGCAAGCUGCAGCUAAGCAUGUCGGACUCCCGGCAUGGCUCACAUUAUCGACAGCGGCCACGGUGACUAUGAACUCGCCCGAGGCAUUGGCCCAACUUUACAACCUCGCGACAUCCUCAUCGAAAGAUAAAGCGCAAUCUGUACAAACGGCAGAGCUUAUGCGUGAGGUUGGACUGAAAUGCAUGGGAUUAAAUGGCAUUCCACGGACGAUCAACUGUUUAGGUGCUUUCCGCGCCAGCCUUCCCAAUGAUAUUGUAUCAUCUCUAUCCACCAAGCCUACACGAGUCCCCUCGGUUGAUAACAUAAAUACGAUAACUACCCGCGGCCACAACCUUUGGAAAUCUAUUUACAACCCAUUUGAUGAAAAGCUCGUCGCUAAACUUGCGGAAUCACAUCCCGAUUUACCAGUAUUCAUCUUGAAUCACGGAUACGGUGCCUUGUUUUCAGACCCGGCAGAACUGGGCCAUGCCAGUGGUGCAAAAGUCGGCCGCGUUUUGACGAGUAUUGCGGCUGUUGCUUGUCUCCGGGCACAGACUGGCGUGGGCCCCCAAGUUACGAGCCAUAUUUUUGGUCUGAGAAAGGCGUUUGAAGAUGGUACCUAUAAGGCCCCAGGGGAGUUCGAGGUAGAAGGUGGAGAGUGGUUGGCAACUGAUGACGGAAAUAUAUGGAUUUUGAAGAGUGUAGAUAGCAUUGUGGAAGCCUUGAGCGAAGGAACGGGGACUACAUUUGCGCCGGGUACCGUUAAGUCAAACCUUUGA